AUGGAUUAUCAGAAUCGAGCAGGUUCCAAAUUUGGUGGUGGUGGUGUCGCCUCAAGCUCAGCGACAAACGCCGACCGACGAGAACGUCUCCGAAAGCUUGCGCUUGAAACCAUCGACCUCGACAAGGACCCUUACUUCUUUAAGAAUCAUGUCGGAAGCUUCGAAUGCCGUCUAUGUCUCACAGUACACCAGAACGAUGGAUCAUAUCUAGCCCAUACACAAGGAAGGAAGCAUCAGACAAACUUGGCGCGACGUGCUGCGAAAGAGCAGCGUGAAGGAAAGAAGGAUGAUGCAGGACAGCAGGGUCUACUCGCUGGUGUGCAAGUUAAGAAGAACGUCAUCAAGAUUGGCCGACCUGGGUACCGGAUAACGAAAGUUCGCGAUCCUAUUACCCGUCAGAAUGGACUCUUGUUCCAAUUCCAAUUCCCAGAUAUUACGCCAGACACCAUCCCGCGGGUCCGAUUCAUGAGCGCAUACGAGCAGAAGAUGGAAGAGCCCGACCCAAACUACCAGUAUUUCAUUGUAGCCGGAGAGCCCUACGAGACAGUUGCGGUCAAACUGCAAGCACGCGAGGUGGACCGCCGGGAAGGCAAGUUCUGGACUUGGUUCGACGACGAUAACAAGGAGUUCUGGUGUCAACUGCUCUUCAAGACCGAGCGCGACGAACGAUUCAGCGCUGUUCCUGGAUUGGCACCAGGUCGCAAGUAA